UUUUCUCUUCUCAGAGACAAAAACACGACAUGUGUCUUGCACCUUCUGUGCCCAUUUUCUUGGAGGCCUAUCUGCAGCUUUGAGAAUUUAAGGGGUUUAAGAUUUGCAUAACUAUGUUUGGCUUUGGCAUCUUAAAAGGGACAUAAAGCAUCAUAGUUUGUGGGAGCAACUAACUGUUGGUUAUGGAUUGGGACGGGAAAGAGUUUGCCUGGGAUCCACGUGGGCUGGAGCUGGCUAAUGGUGAAGGACAGAGGAAUGAAGCUGCUUCAGUGGAUUUGAGGCUUAGUGAGGAAAAAUCACUCCCGGAUGUUGCUAAGGACCCUAGAGACUCAAAAACUGUUUCUUCACCAUCUGGGUCAUCAAAAAGAUCCCGCCUUCAGAAUGGAUCACAGAAUAUGUGUUGUUCUGUUGAUGGAUGCACCUCUGACCUCAGUGAUUGCAGAGAGUAUCAUAGGCGCCAUAGGGUCUGUGAAAAGCACUCCAAGACCCCAGUUGUGUUGGUGGGGGGCAAACAACAACGGUUCUGCCAGCAAUGCAGCAGGUUUCACUCACUUGGGGAGUUUGAUGAGGUUAAGAGGAGUUGUAGGAAAAGGCUUGAUGGGCAUAACAGGCGCAGGAGGAAACCUCAGCCUCCCUCUCUUUUCAUGGCUGCUGAGAAAUUCAUGUACAAUUACAAAGGACCUAGAAUCCUGCAUUUUGGAAGCCCGGAGACAUAUGUCAACCCUAUUAUGAGGAGUAUGUGGUCUGCCACUGCAAAAACUGGAGCUGAAUCUGGUUAUGAUCCACCUCGACUGUUAUACAGAAUUGACAAGCACAAGCAAGACAAGGGACAUCCUCUGUGGCAAGAAAAUGACCCUAUUGUAAGCAAUGCUAAUGGAGCAAUACUUGGAGCUCCCAUUUGUCAACCUAUUCAUGGCACCAUCACCCCAUCAACCGGUGGAAAGAGCAGCCGAAAGCACUCUUCAGAUGCAAAACCUGGAUCCUUUGACUCAGGUUGUGCUCUCUAUCUUCUGUCAACACUUCAAUCACAAAGUCCAGAGUCGAGUAUGGUACAAUCUAGCAUCACAUGUCCAAUGCAAUCUCCAUCAGGAUCUGUGCAUUUUGAUACUGUCAAUGAAUAUGCAUACUCAGAAACGGAAAAAGAUAAGCCUAGUGGUCAAGUAUUGGUUCUUGAUAACACAACCAACCUUCAUUACAAUGGAAUGCUGCAAAUGGGGUUAGAUGGUUUGGUUGAAAAUGACGACCCGCUUACACUUCCCUUCUUGUGGGAGUAGGUAGCUAAAUGGUUAUGUCUUUUGGGAAAUUUAUGGAUUCAAAACCUUGUCUGUGUGUACUCCAAUGCUUAAAGCUUGAACUUGUUGAAGCUUUCAAUAAGGGUCCUUUGAUGCUGUCAAUCUAGUUGUGGUUUUGCACAAUUGAUUGUGCUGCGAGGAUGAAAUGGAUUGUAUGCCGUUGUCUAUUUUCUUUCAUUUGUCAUGAGAUCAGUUUGAACAGUUCUUGAGUUUUUUUCA